AUGGCCAUGGCCGCGGCGCCGGACCAGCAGCAGCUACCUGCAGGGGCCGCCUCCUCAUCUCCUCGCCUCCGCGUACACGACACCACCCUCGUGCCGCCGUCUCCGUCACCGCCGGAGACCUCGCUCCCGCUCACCUUCUUCGACAUCUUCUGGCUCCACUCCCCGCCCGUCGAGCGCCUCCUCUUCUACCGCCUCGCCCCCGACGCUGACGUCGGCACCAUCAUCUCCAACCUCAGGGACUCCUUGCACCAGGCCGUCCGCGCCUUCCACCCGCUCGCCGGCCGCAUCCGCCUCACCCCCGGAACGUCCGACCGCUACGAGCUGCACUACCAACCGGGUGACGCCGUCACCUUCACCGUCGCCGAGUACGACGACGACGACGAUGCAGACAUCGACGGCCUCACCACCGAUGAGCCCCGGGAGGUCGCCAAGAUCGCAACUCUCGUGCCGCCGCUGCCGGAGGGCGGCGGGCUGUUCGCGUUGCAAGCCACGCUGCUGUCCGCGCGCCGCGGCCUCGCCAUCGGCGUCACGGUGCACCACGCCGCCUGCGACGGCUCGGGCUCCACGCACUUCCUGCACACCUGGGCGGCCGCGUGCAGCGGUGCCGAAACGCCGCCUCCGCCUCCUGUCAUCGACCGGAGUCUCCUCCCCGACCCCAGGGGCCUGUACGAUGUCUUCUUCCAAGGGGCGCCGAGCACUGAUGAGAUGGAAUUCGUCAAGAUGUCCGCCGACCAGCUCAUCGCCACGUUCGUUCUGUCCAAGGACGACCUGAAACGCGUCAAGGAUGCCGUGGCCGACGAGGCUGCGAGGCGCCGCGUUGCGCCGCCCCGGUGCUCCUCUCUGGUUGCCACCUUUGGCUUCGUCUGGUCAUGCUACCAGCGAGCCAAAGACAAAGUGAGCAGCGGCGCCGGAGCGGGCCCGACGGCCUGCUUGCUCUUUUCUGUCGACCACCGCUUGCGGAUGAAGCCUCCCCUGCCGGACAAGUACCUCGGCAACUGCGUCGGCCCAGCGUUCGCGCUGGCACCACAGGGCGAGCUGGCGGCGGCCGGCGCAGUUGGCCUAUUUAGCGCGUGCGCCGCGGUCGCCUCCUCCAUUGACGAAGCUGUACGCGACAUCGGGACAUCCGCCAUGGACGUGUGGAUGGACCGCAUCAAGGAGGCAGGCGCAACGGGUACACUGCUGUCCGUGGCUGGCUCGCCGAGGUUCUGCGUCUACGACCUGGACUUCGGAUUCGGCCGGCCGGCGAAGGUGGAUAUCGUGUCCGUGGCGAGCACCGGGGCAUUGGCGAUGGCGGAGAGCCGGAGUAGCGCCGGCGGGAUGGAGGUCGGAGUCUCUCUGCAGCCGGCUGGCAUGGAGAGGUACCGGAAGUGCUUCGUGGACGCCAUCGCGUGGCUCCACCAGCGCCCAGCGGAGCAGUCAUGA